UCUUUACCUUCUGCAAUUCCAACGACACUCUCACUCCCCCUCGAUCUACCAUCACACACAGAGAAGGAGAGCAAAUGGCGAAAGGAGUCAAGAGAGGCGUGAAGCAGUCAGAAGAAGCCAUUGAUUCUUCGAUACCUUCUUCAGAUUCCAAACAGUCGUCUCGCUCAAAGAAAUCCAAAACCUCUCCAUCCGCCGCCGCAGCUGAUGAUGACACACGCUUAAUCGGAAAACCAAUUACCACUGAUGAAGCCAUUGAUUCUUCUGUACCAUCUUCCGAUUCCAAGCCAUCGUCUUGUUCAAAGAAACCAAAAACCACUCGAGUGGCCGCAGCUGACGAUGACACACGCUUCAUCGGAAAACCAGUUCCAGCUGAUCAAGCCAGAGAAAAAUGGCCUCAUCGUUACGAAUCCAAGAGCAGAGUGAAGGUUAUAGCUCCAUCAAAUGGUGAAGCAGAUGGAAAAGAGAUUAUUCAAGCCAAGUGCCAUUAUACCAAAGCUGUCAUUGAUGGUGUUACUUUCGAUCUUUAUGAUGACGCAUUUGUCAAAGCUGAAGAAGGGCAUCCAGAUUUUAUUGCUAGGAUUGUGGAGAUGUUUGAAACCGUUGAUAAAAAACUCUAUUGUUCAGCUCAAUGGUUUUUUAGAGCAGAAGAUACUGUCAUUAAAAGCCAAGCUCAUCUUAUUGACAAAAGACGAGUGUUUUAUUCUGAAAUGAAAGAUGACAAUCCACUUGAUAGCAUAUUGUCAAAAGUCAAAAUUGUUCAACUUCCUCCAAAUGUUGGCUUUUCUGAAAAAAAGAAGGCACUCUUGUCAUGUGAUCUUUACUAUGAUAUGCAGUAUUCAAUGCCAGUUACAUUCACAACCCUACAAAAAGAAAGUUCAAUCACAAAGAGUGAUGAGUCAUCUGUAAUUUCAGGCGAUAAUAGCUCAAAUGGUGUAGUAGAGAAAAAGAAAAACAAUAAAAUUUCAAAACCAACUAAAAUUCAUGAAUCUAAAGAGUGUGAAAUGACACUUUUGGACUUAUACGCGGGUUGUGGUGGAAUGUCAACUGGACUUUGUUAUGGCACAAAUAUAUCUGGAGUGAAACUUGUCACAAAAUGGGCAGUUGACAUAAAUCAACACGCGUGUGAAAGUCUGAAGUUAAACCAUAAUGAAACUCAUGUGAGAAAUGAAGCAGCUGAAGACUUUUUAUCUUUGAUUAAAGAAUGGGAAAAGCUUUGUAAAGAUUUCCAUUUAUUGGGUUCACAUCGUGAUGAAAAUAGUCAAAAUACAAAUAUGAAAUCUGAAGAAUCAGAUUCUGAAGAGAAUGAAGAGAAACCGAAUCCUUCAGAUGAUGAAUUUGAAGUGGGAAAACUGUUAGCUGUUUGUUAUGGUGAUCCAAAUAAAGUCAACAACAAAAAACUACAUUUCAAGGUGAGAUGGAAGGGGUAUGGUCCUAGCUAUGAUACUUGGGAACCAUUUGAUGGUUUAAGCAACUGCAUGGAUUCUAUAAAGGAAUUUGUAAGCAAAGGGUAUCAAUCAAGAUUACUUCCUCUUCCUGGUGAUGCUGACUUUAUUUGUGGGGGUCCACCAUGUCAAGGAAUAAGUGGUCAUAAUCGGUUUAGAAACUACACUGAUCCUCUAAAGGAUCCCAAGAAUCAUCAACUUGUGGUUUAUAUGGAUAUAAUUGAUUUUUUAAAACCAAAAUUUGUUUUAAUGGAGAAUGUUUGUGACAUUGUGAAAUUUGCUGAUGGGAUUUUGGGAUUUUAUGCUGUUGGAAGAUUAGUUUCCAUGAAUUAUCAGACAAGAUUGGGGAUAAUGGCUGCAGGAUCAUAUGGAGUUCCUCAAUGCAGAUUGAGAGUUUUUCUUUGGGGUGCUAAUACAAUGAUGAAUUUGCCUCAGUUUCCUUUACCUACACAUGAAGUUGUUGGGAGAGGAGUAGUUCCAGUUGAAUUCAAGGAUUGUAUUGUUGGAUCUGAUGUUGACAAGUCAACAAAGUUGGAAAAAAGCAUAUUACUUGGUGAUGCAAUUUCAGAUCUACCUGAGGUUACAAAUUACAAUGGAAAAGAUGAAAUGGAAUAUGGAGGUGCCCCAAAAACAAGUUAUCAAAAAUACAUCCGAAUGAGAAAACAAGCUUUGGGGAAAGAUUCUUCAAAAAGAAAAAUGCUUUAUGAUCAUAGGCCAUUGGAAUUAAAUGAAGAUGAUUAUGCUCGAGUUUGUCAAAUCCCAAAAAUAAAGGGAGCAAACUUUAGGAAUCUACCAGGGGUAAAAGUGGGAACAAAUAACAAAGUGGAAUGGGAUCUUUCAGUUGAAAGAGUCAUGCUACCUUCAGGAAAACCUUUGGUUCCUAAUUAUGCUAUGACCUUUGUUGGUGGAACUUCAAAAAAGCCAUUUGGUCGUUUGGGAAUGGAUGAUGUUGUCAAAACUGUAGUGGGAAGAGCCGAGCCACAUAAUCAGGCGUUGCUUCAUCCAAACCAAGAUAGAGUUCUUACAAUUCGUGAAAAUGCGCGUUUGCAAGGCUUCCCUGAUCAUUAUAAACUUUCAGGACCUGUUAAAGAGAGGUAUUUGCAGAUUGGAAAUGCAGUUGCGUUUUCGGUAUCAACUGCGUUGGGGUAUGCAUUAGGGAAGGCAGUCAAAGGGGUUUGUGGAAGUCAACCGUUGACUCUUCCAGUCAAAUUUCCUGAUUGUUUAGGUCAACUGUCUUCAGUCAACCAAGUCUCACAAGAAUCUGAAUGAUAAUGAAAGUGGGUGUAGUAUUUAUUAUUGAUUAUGUGGUAUUUUCAUUGAGUGUAAUUUAACAUUGAUUUGAGUGGUGUAGUUUAGGAAAAUAUUAGGUUAGCGUAAGAUUGAGACUUAAUGUGUGUUUUAAUAAAAGAAAAAAAGACAAAUUUUGCUAA